UGAGUGCUGCAAUUGCUCUCUUUUUCUUCUUUUUUUUUUACUCUGCAGACUUAGCCAUAAGAAUCAGGAAAGUCUGGAGGAAAACUAACCUGAAUUAUUGACAAGGGCAUCAAAAGGACAAGGUUUGUUAAUCUGGCAAAGUCAGCUGAAACAUUACACACUCCUUAUAAUGCUGUAAUUGUGUGUCUUGGACAAAUGUGUGCUUGCAUUCAAAUGUCUGUCAAUUUGGCAUCUUUGCCAUGUGCAUCCUCCCUUGUGACACUACUAUAUGUAACUUUCUACAUCUAACUCCCCUUCCACAAAGUAGGAGUAGUUUAGGAAUAGGUCAAAUAAUAAUAUUGUAUAUAUACCAUACUAUAGGAAAGAGGUAUACAUAUAACAGGUUACUUAGGCUGUAGGGUUGCAUGGUGUUGGAGCAGGAGAAAGUGAAGUGCUUCAUCAAGCACUACAGCAGCAAGGUAGCAGGAUGGUGAACAGCAUCAUCAUGAUGUGGUUAUUCCCUGUAUGCAGUGACACACACAUGGGUAUGCUGUGUCCAUAAUAUCAAGGCCAGUGUUUAGACACAGUUGUUUACCAGAUUAGUGUACAAUGGUUCACAAUGCAAUAAUAAUACAUUUGAUUUAAAAGCGCCUGUCAAAGAUGAGAGCAAAGCACUGGGUGCAGGUUAUGCAGAACAGUCGCACUUUCAACAUUCUACGGCUUAUGAAAGGCACGUAGGCCUUUCUAAUUGUGCUAACGUGUGUUGUUGGCUGAGAAUGGUUGUUUAAAUGUAACACACGUUUUCUAUAUGCUUUAUAUUUUACUUUUUAAAAGUUUUUUUUUUUUUGUAAUUCAGGCUAAAUGGUUGUGCCGGGCGUGCUUUUUCGGGGUCUGGCCUGUACUUUACUCUCGUUUUACGCUUCCAAACUGGUCUAUUUCUCAGCUGAUAUGAGCUAUGACAGCCGCUGACCGACUUUACCCAUUCUGCAGCAACAAGCAUAGGCAGUCCCUUCUGGUCGUAUACUACCAUCUCUAGGGGAAUACAAGUGUCAGGGUCAUCAGUCACGUGUGAAUUGUUGUUGGAGACAGUUAACAUCCGGGACACAAAGGGAAGGCAAAAUGUUCCUGUCUCUCUUUGAGCAAAUGCAAUCCCGCCUCCUCUUUUCCCCCAUUGGACCACUCAGUCUUUUCUUUAGUUGUUGAAUGACGUCAUAGGUGUUCUUACCUGUCAGUCAAGGAAUGUCACAAUGGGCUUUUUUGGCCUCCUGCCCAUGUUGUACUGAGAGGUGUAGGUGCUAUUGAUGGGCAUAGUGAGCAGAUCCACUUGAGGAUCAAAGCAUGCUUUUCUGGAGAUGCAACACCUUAAAACAUGAUUCCAGAUUUUAUUAUAUCUCAACGAAGACGUUGUUAAGUCAAGCGAAAGGUAAACCCACGACUGGCCCAGACUGCGACUUGAUACUACUGACGAGCCUUGGGCCUGCCUCAUGAUGCUCAUCCUAGAUGGCGCUGGUGAGCAUCCAGGCCUUUCUCCGUCAGGUCUCUGGGCGGUGUACCACUAAAGGGCCCUCCUGCUCCCCCCCUUCCCUGAGCCAUGGCUCACAAGAAGGAACCUCCCUUCUUCAACAAUGACCAUCUGGGUGCCGUCCCUUACAAGUUGGCCUUCUAUGAGACUAUGGAGCUCUUCAUAGAGACGCUGACUGGCACCUGCUUUGAGCUACGCGUCUCCCCCUUUGAGACGGUCAUAUCUGUGAAGGCAAAGAUCCAAAGGCUAGAAGGUAUUCCAGUUGCUCAGCAACAUUUGAUCUGGAACAAUCUGGAGCUGGAGGAUGAAUACUGCCUGCAUGAUUAUAACAUUGCAGAAGGCUGUACUCUGAAGUUGGUCCUUGCCAUGAGGGGAGGGCCCAUCAACACCAGAAGAGUGACUGUGGAUAACUCACUAAAGGAAAUGGCUGAGUACAUGGAAGCCAGCCGAGAGGAAGUGUGGGAGAAGGCCCUGCCCAAUAAACAGGUCACCUUCCUGGUGUACCGUGAGGGAGACCAGCUCAACUUCUUCAGGGUGGUGGAUCGAGGAGAUGGCACGCUCACCCCAGUGUCGGAGUCCAUAAGUGGUGGCUCUGUGUACAACGUGUACGCAGAAGAGGAUGAGGAGGAGGAGGAGGAGGAGGCCGACGGCUUGGUCAUGGGUCAGCAGGCCAUGGAGAACUCCAUCACCAUGACCAAGAUGAAGCUCCUGAAAGCCAAGAUGGAGAACAUGAACCUCAGUAAAAAGCCCAAAAAGAGUGCUAAGCUGAAGCCACGGCCACCUGUCGGGCCCCGGGCCUGCAGCACCUCCGUCACGCCGGGCCGUCAUCACCGCCUCGUCAGGGUCCAUCCUCAGGGUGGCCAAUCGCACGCCGCCACAACGCAUCUACCUCCAAUCGAAGACCAGCAGCAGCCCUCCGACCCUGCCCCUUCCUCUUCCUACUCUGCUGCUGGCUCCGCCCACACGCCUCUGUCCUCCUUCCCUGACCGUGCCUCCACUGGCCAGGCCCUUCCUCUCUUCGCCCGCUCCAACUGUUACAUGCUUCAGGGGGAGAAGCCCCCUGUGUGGGAGUACCCUGGCAGUAAAGUCCGGCCCCCUUCCAAAGUGUCAAGGCUGGACGUGGGGAGCUCUAAGCUGGUGACUGGUUGUGUGUACCCUCCUUUGUCCCUGUACCCCAGAAGGGCACCGCCUGACGGCUCCGUGGACGAUUCGGACCUCAAGGGCAACAGGAUGGCACUUCUAAACGAGAUGGCUUUGCCCGACAAGCAGAAACUGCUCCCCCUGAGCGACCUUCUCCAGGAGCCGCUCAGCCUGGACCUGCCAGUGCAGAAGGAGGGCACCCUGGACUCACUGCGGGCGGGGGCAGAGCAGCUCCCCGCUGCCCCCUUACUCGCACAGGCCGUGGGCUCCACGUGGGGCGAGCACGUGUCCGACGGGGCCCGGCUGAGCGCACUGCACCUCCCCACGGAGCCUUCGUCCUCCUCCUCCCCGUCCAGCCACCGCCUCCUGCAGCCUUUCGACUUCACAGGAGCCUCCCUGCGGCCCAGCCCGCCUCACCGCCGCCUGGUACCCGAUGACCGCAGCAACCCCCUCAGCUCCCCCUUGCCCCCGCACACCCCCUCCCCUGCUGCCCAGUUUGUCGGCCCCAAGAUGGACGUGCACGGCAAACGCCCAAGCGUCCUCUCCCGGAGCGAGGCCAGGGACAUCACCAUGAUGGCCAACAAGGCCAGCAAAGAGUCGCUGGGCUCUGUGAGCAGUGCCGAGCUACUGGCCUCCCUGGCACGGCGGGGUGGCGGCCGGGAGGGGCCCUCUGUGCCAUCAGGGCCCCGUGUGCUGGAGAGGCUGGAGAGGAUCUGUGGCCCCGACCACCAGCUGCAGGCGCGCCUCCAGGCUAGUCUGCAGGAGCUGCACCAGGACCUCCUGAAGCGGAUCUGCCCCCCGCAAGGACCAGCCGCCUCCCACACGUCCGCUAACGGCCUGGGUGCAUCAGGACCCUCAAGUACCGUACGGAGAUUAGGCCCUCCAACAUAUCACCUUCCACCAGUGAAGCCGCCCCUCAGCUCCAAGAAGAAGAGCUCAAAGCACUGCUUCUUUUGUGGGAAGAAAACUGGGCUAGCCACCAGCUAUGAGUGCAGGUGUGGGAGCAACUUCUGUGCCUCCCACCGCUACGCAGAAGCCCAUGACUGCACCUAUGACUACAAGACUGCUGGUCGGCGUUUUCUGCAGGAGACCAACCCCAUUAUCAGCGCCCCAAAGCUGCCCAAGAUCUGAGCAACUCGACCCGUCCUGUUAUUGGGAGCCCACAAGGAAGGGAAACAGAGAGAAGAGUUAUAGCUAGAGAAUAAUGAACCAUUUAAAACAGAGAACAUGAACUUUAUCACCAAUGUGUGCUUUUUCUUCACCGUAUUUACGUCAAGCUCCAGUAUGUACAUCUUUUGUUGUUGUAUAAAACGUGCUCAAAAAGCAGAUCUUAAUAAGGAUGUGCAUUUCCAAAGGCUUCUGGAAGCUAAGCUCAUUGAACAGUCUGGGUAGCACUACAGAGAUACUCGAUUCUGAAGUUUCACAGGAAGCCUUGUUUUUUUUUAACUAAUCAGACACUCGGAGAGGCUCAAAGUCAGGGAUUGGGCCUCUAGGAUGUCAGUCAAACACAAAACCGCAGACGAUAGGCUAGACUGAGAAAAGAGGGUGGCUAGUGGUAACUUGAUUUAGCCUUGCACUGCCAUCCAAUUAAUUUUCACUACAUUCAUUUUGAUUUGAAAUGUUCCAUUAGAUUUCAGCUGGGCCAGGGAUGUUGGCAGUGAGCUUUGAUCAAAAUGGUACUUUAUAUGAUCAAAUCAGAUUGGCGCUCUCAUAGCAAAAACUGAGCUUGUAAGAUUAAAAUGUGCAGGUCAAUUCAAGACGGUACAUAAAACACUCUGGACGAGCAGGGAGUUUAACCAUGAUAUUUCUUCCCUCAAAAAGGCCUAGGUGACUUUCUGUUCAGGUUUCUACAGAUUGGUUCACAGAGCAUCUCUUAAAAUAGAUCCAAAUACACUCUAACCUUUUCAACAGCAGCCAUUUUGUCAUUGUCAUAUUUCAAAUUGAAGCACUUCCUCUUACAAACACUCACAGUAGAUCACCGUUUGAUUAGUCAGAAAUAUGGUUUAGCAAGCUUCUGAUAAUUGGCAGUGUCUGGACAGUAAUCCAAACUGAGCUAAGAGUUUAGGUAGCACCAGACAAACCUUGACUAUUGUAGAUUUAAGAAAUGACAAGUGUUCAAAUGGACAACAAAAAAUAGCACAAUAGCAAUAGAACUAGCGGUUCUCAUCCACUACAAUGUGAAAAACGCUCCAGUGUUUUUCAGCAAAGAAAGGAAUCACACAUUUGGCUUGUAAAUAGGUAGUUAUUUUAAAUUCUGUUUAACAUGGUUAAGCUGACAAAAUGCACGGCUCCACACAUAAAUAUGAAAUAAUCUGUUUUAGUUUGUUUCUUAAAAUAGGACUGAAGCUCACCUUUCAUGAAACAGGUCUGUGAGAGAUGCACUUUAGAAAUAAUGAAUAUUUAUAUCCGUGUUUGACUUUCUCGGAGUAGGCAGGGGACUGAGGUUUAUUGUUGCGUUGGUCUUUGUGCUGAAGUGUUUUUACGCUGACUGUUUUGAUACUCGAGCCUUCACUCUCUAUCCCUUCCCUCUGGCCUAGCAUAUCCACACGGCUGCUCUGGAAGACAAGAGAGAGAACGAAGACAAAGAGGCUGUGCUGCUACGCUCUCUCUGAAAUGACCUUGCAAGGUUGUCCUGACUUCACAGAACAAGUAUGCAAUUUGCAGACUGUACUGUGUUUCAUUUAGGUAUUUUAAAUUGUAUGCGCCUAUCAGCAUACUGCAGCUUUUACAAGGGCAUGGUAUUUGAGGAUGGGGAAAAUUACGCUGGUUGCCAUAGUAAUUCUGUUUUUCUCCUUAUUUUUCUUGCUUUUUUAUUGCACACAAAAGAAUCUGCUGUUAUCGCUUCAACUUUUUCAGGACUGUUAAGUAAUUAUUGAAGGUUUAAAUGAAUAAAAUGUAUGUGUUUCCAUAGAGA